CUUCCUCCUCCAGGAACUGCUGGGACACUGGCGUCUGCAGCCUGCGGGCAGCCUCGUGUUUCAAGUCGAAUCGUGGGGGGCCGAGACGCCCGAGACGGAGAGUGGCCUUGGCAGGCGAGCAUCCAGCACCGCGGCGCACACGUGUGCGGGGGCUCGCUCAUAGCCCCCCAGUGGGUGCUGACGGCGGCACACUGCUUCCCGAGGAGGGCGCUGCCGUCGCAGUACCGCGUGCGCCUUGGGGAGCUGCACCUGGGUCCCGCCUCACCCCGCGCUCUCUUGGCGCCUGUGCGGAGGGUGCUGCUGCCCCCGGACUACUCGGAGGACGGGGCUCGGGGCGACCUGGCGCUGCUGCAGCUGCGCCGCCCAGUGCCCUUGAGCGCCCGAGUCCAGCCCGUCUGCCUGCCGGAGCCUGGGACUCGGACACCACCUGGCACACCAUGCUGGGUCACUGGCUGGGGCAGCCUCCACCCGGGAGUGCCACUCCCAGGGUGGCGACCUCUGCAGGGAGUAAGGGUGCCACUCCUGGAUGCUCACACCUGUGACCGCCUAUACCACAAGGGCACCAACGUGCCCCGUGGCGAGCACAUAGUGCUGCCAGGGAGUCUGUGUGCUGGCUACGUCGAGGGCCAUAAGGAUGCCUGCCAGGGUGAUUCUGGAGGACCCCUGACCUGCGUGAAGUCUGGGCGCUGGGUCCUGGUGGGUGUGGUGAGCUGGGGCAAGGGCUGUGCCCUGCCCAACCGUCCAGGUGUCUAUACCAAUGUGGCCACUUACAGCCCCUGGAUUCAGGCUCGCCUCAGCCUCUGAUGCAGUGAUACUGGCCUGAAACCAGACACUGGGGGUCCCUCAGCUGCCUGGUCCCUCUGGGGAUCUGCACAUCCCCUUCCUCAUCCCUGGCCCUUCUGACUUCAGGCUCAGAGGCUUGAUAAAGCUAAAAGGCCAUCCACCCAUCCAUCCCCCACCUCCUCCUUGGGGUGCACCAAACUGGAGCUGUCAACCCUCCUCCAAGAGCCUCCCGUAUGUCCGGGAGUCUCACACUCCCUUCCUCUACUUCCUGCUCAUAUUUACUCUUCUCAGCUCUGACCAGGGUACCCAAAGACUGGCAAGUGAGUUGGUACUUGGUCUGGUCUGUGUGCCCCUCUUUUCUGGAGGAAGUCAGGGGGAUUCACAUGGGAGAGGGAUUCAUCACCAAGGAGAUGAUUCUCCAUUACUAGCUCUGAAGAUGGUGGGGUCAUGUGGCAGGGAGCUGAGGACAGCCCUCAGCUGACUGCCAGCAGGGAAAGGGAGCCCUUAGCGCCACAGCUGCAAGGAACCAAACCCAGCCAAUCACCUGAACAAGCUUGGAGGUGAACUCUUCCCCUGGCCUCCAGAUAAGAGUCCUGACAGGCUAAGGCUUUGAUUUCAGCCUGGUGACACCCUAAGCAGAGAACCCAGCGGAGCCCACCCACAGAGUUGUGAUUUAAUAAAUUUGUGUUAUGUA